CACGGAGGACCAACGCAAAGAAUACACGCUUGCCUGGAGGAGACGGAAGGAUCAGCGUGAUGCUGAGCGGGGUUGGCACUUAAUUGUACUUAAGAUCGCUACAAAAAUGGCGAAAAAGGAGAAAAAGAAGGGCCAAGGCGCGAAGAAGACUACUGCAAAGACAGAAAAAAAGGCAUUACAGAAACUGAAGAAGGAAUUGGCCGCAAAUGGCGAGGAUGACAUUGAAACGCUGAUCGCACAGUUUGUUGAGGAAGAUCGCAAGAAACUACAGAUUACCGAAGAGCUCGUAGGGCCUCCCUCUUGCAGGAGCGGGGCUACGUUGUGCGCCCAUCCAGAAAAAGACGAACUUUUGCUAUUUGGUGGCGAAUACUACAAUGGAAAAAAGACGAUCAUGUACAAUGAGCUUUUUGUCUACAACAUCAAAAAAAACAACUGGCUUCUUGUAAAAGGACCCAACUUUCCACCACCACGGUGUGCUCACCAGGCUGUCAUGGCGCCACAAGGAGGAGGCCAGAUGUGGAUAUUUGGGGGAGAAUAUGCGAGCCCAACCAAGUCCCAGUUUCAUCACUACAAGGACCUGUGGGUCUACUAUAUUGCCAGCCAGAGCUGGGAGCAGGUGCGGGCUCCAGGAGGACCCUCUGCUCGCAGUGGUCAUCGCAUGGUGCUAGUGAAUCGUCAGCUGCUACUCUUCGGGGGCUUUCACGAGAGCUUCAGGGACUAUCGUUACUUCAACGAUGUGUACCUCUUCCGAUUGGAUCUUCGAACAUGGACCAAACUGGAGUUCAGCAACUCCGGGCCUUCACCACGUUCUGGCUGCCAGUUGUUGCCAGUGGGUGAAGCAAAAGCCCUUGUUUAUGGUGGUUACUCACGUGAGAAGACCAAAUCGGAGUUUGAUCAGGGAAAAGCAUUUGGAGACAUGUACCUUCUUCAGUGUGACCCGGAAAACUCUGGCAAAUGUAAGUGGUCCAAGGUGAAGCAGGCAGGAUGCCAGCCGGGUCCUCGGAGCGGCAUGUCAGUAGCUGCACUACCACACAGCAACCGGGCCUACUUUUUUGGGGGUGUGCAAGACCAGGAGAUGGAAGAGACUUUGGUGGGCCACUUCUUUAAUGAUCUAUUUUGCCUUGACAUGGACAAGGGAUUCUGGCAGUCAGUCACUUUGAAGGGUGACAAGGGCAUUGUGCAGUUGGGUGAUAGCAGUGCUCAAGAGGAGGGACCGCAUGAAGGUUUGCACAAGCUCCACAUCGAAGAACCCGUUGUGACUUCAGAUGAUGGUGUCUUCACAGUUACAAUUGGUGCCUCAAAGCACAAAGCACCAGUUGAGCCUAUGCACCAUGAGCCAACCACUUCAAAGGAACGCAAGGAUACCUUUGCACCAGUCUCUCGUAUGGGAAGUUGCAUGGCCAUCAAGCACGGGGUCCUCUAUUUGUAUGGAGGAGUGUUUGAAGAUGAGGACCGGCAGUUUACACUUUCCGACAUGUAUGCGCUUGACCUGCGCAAGUUAGAUGAGUGGAAAGUGCUUGUACCACUGGCUCCAGAAGCUCAUGAAUGGCUUGGGUCUGAUGACUCAGAUUUGGAAUCUGAAGAGAGCGAUGUAGAAGAUGAGGAUGAUGAAGACAGCGAGAAAGGUGCUUGUGCUUCACGUAACUCAAAAAAAUAAAAUUUUUUGUAUUUUAUGUCAGCUGCACAUAAA